GACGGCCUCGGCAAGAUGCCGACCGUCGUGAAGCCGAUCAAGCUGAAGAGCGUCCUCACCAAGGCGGAAACGUACGACACGAUGCACGGCAAAGCGACCGACGUGAUGCUGUGCUCGCGUGAGGUUUGCAUGGGCAGCGUCAUGACACCGCAUCUCAUCGGCACGGAGCCACGCAAACCGGAACUGGUGCUGCAACACGCAAAGGAUUUUCUCGACCAGUACUACUCCUCGAUCCGUCGGCUCAAGUCGCCGGCCCACGAGAGCCGCUGGCAGCAAAUCCAGAAGGAGGUGGAAGCAACAGGCGCCUACCAUCUGACGGAGACCGAGCUCAUCUACGGGGCCAAGCUGGCCUGGCGCAACUCGGCCCGCUGCAUCGGCCGGAUACAGUGGUCCAAGCUUCAGGUUUUCGAUUGCCGGUACGUCACCACGACCAGCGGCAUGUUCGAGGCGAUGUGCAAUCACAUCAAAUAUGCUACCAAUAAAGGGAACCUCAGAUCGGCCAUCACGAUUUUCCCGCAACGAACGGACGGCAAGCACGACUACCGCAUCUGGAACCCGCAGAUUAUCUCGUACGCCGGCUACAAGAACGCGGACGGCAAAAUCGUCGGCGAUCAGGCCAACGUCGAGUUUACCGAGUUUUGCGUGAAACUUGGCUGGAAGAGCAAGCGCACCGAGUGGGACAUCCUGCCGCUGGUCGUGUCGGCCAACGGGCACGAUCCGGACUACUUCGACUUUCCGCCCGAGCUGAUCCUGGAGGUACCGUUCAGUCACCCGCAGUUCAAGUGGUUCGUCGAGCUGGAACUGCGCUGGUACGCCGUGCCGAUGGUGUCCGGGAUGCUGUUCGACUGCGGCGGCCUCCAGUUCACGGCCACCGCCUUCAGCGGCUGGUACAUGUCGACCGAGAUCGGUUGUCGCGAUCUGUGCGACGCGAACCGCCGCAACCUGCUCGAGCCGAUUGCAAUCAAAAUGGGGCUGGACACGCGGAACCCAACGUCACUGUGGAAGGACAAGGCACUGGUGGAGAUUAAUAUAGCCGUACUGCACUCGUUCCAGUGCCGGAAUAUUACUAUUGUCGAUCAUCACACGGCCAGCGAGAGCUUCAUGAAGCACUACGAGAACGAAAACAAGCUGAGGAACGGAUGCCCCGCCGACUGGAUAUGGAUAGUGCCACCGAUGUCCGCUUCCGUGACGCCCGUGUUCCACCAGGAGAUGGCCGUCUACUAUCUGCGGCCUUCGUUCGAGUACCAGGAAUCACCGAUAAGGACGCACAUCUGGAAGAAGGGUCGAGACUCGGGCAAGAACAAGAAACCUCGCCGGAAGUUCAACUUCAAACAAAUAGCUAGAGCUGUCAAAUUUACAUCCAAACUAUUCGGAAGAGCCCUGUCCCGGCGCAUCAAGGCGACGGUGCUGUACGCGACGGAAACUGGUCGCUCGGAGCAGUACGCCCGCCAGCUGGUCGAGCUGCUUGGUCACGCGUUCAACGCCCAGAUCUACUGCAUGUCGGACUACGAUAUCUCGUCGAUCGAACACGAAGCCCUGCUGCUGGUGGUUGCCUCCACGUUCGGCAACGGUGACCCACCCGAGAAUGGCGAGCUGUUUGCACAGGACCUGUACGCGAUGAAGCUGCACGAGAGCGGCAACAACCACGUGCACAGCGAGCUGACGAUAGCCGCGUCGUCGAAGUCGUUCAUCAAGGCGAACUCGCGUAGCGAUCUGGGGAAGUUCGGUUCGCUCGGUGGCCGCAAGAUCGACCGGUUGGACUCGCUCCGUGGGUCCACCACGGACACGCUGUCGGAGGAGACGUUCGGGCCGCUCUCGAACGUCCGGUUCGCGGUGUUUGCGCUCGGUUCGUCGGCCUAUCCAAACUUUUGCGCCUUCGGUAAGUACAUCGACAACAUUCUCGGCGAGCUGGGCGGCGAACGGAUGAUGAAGAUGGCGACCGGCGAUGAGAUCUGCGGCCAGGAGCAGGCAUUCCGCAAGUGGGCCCCGGAAGUCUUUAAGAUUGCCUGCGAAACGUUCUGUCUCGAUCCGGAAGAGACGCUCUCGGACGGAGUCUUUACGAUGCAGAGCGAGCUGUCGGAGAACACGGUACGGUACGCGCCGGUCACCGAGUACGAGUCGCUGGACCGGGCGUUGGCCAAGUUCCACAACAAGAAGUCGUGCGAGUGCGUGGUCAAGCGGCAUCCCACCAAUCUGCACCUCGAAAAGAACAGCACCGAGCGGUCAACGAUUUUGCUGGAAAUCGUCGCCGAAGGGAUCGAUUACGAGCCCGGUGACCAUGUGGGUAUUUUCCCGGCCAAUCGAAAGGAAAUCGUCGACGGCAUCAUCGAACGGCUGACCGGCGUAUCGAAUCCGGACGAGGCGCUCCAGCUGCAGGUACUGAAGGAGAAGCAAACGCAAAACGGUGUCUACAAAUCAUGGGAACCACACGAGCGACUUCCGGUCUGCUCGCUCCGCACACUGUUGACCCGAUUCCUGGACAUCACGACACCCCCGACGCGCCAGCUGCUCACCUAUCUGGCCUCAUGCUGUGGCGAAAAGGCGGACGAAGACAAACUGCACAUGCUGGCGAAUGAACCCUCGGUUUACGAAGAUUGGCGCUACUGGAAGCUGCCGCAUCUGCUGGAAGUGCUGCAGGAGUUCCCCUCCUGUCGGCCACCGGCGGCCGUGUUGGUGGCCCAACUGAACCCACUGCAGCACCGCUUCUACUCGAUCUCGUCCUCGCCGCGCAUGUUCUCGAACGAGAUCCACCUGACGGUGGCCAUCGUAACGUACCGGGCGGAGGAUGGCGAGGGUGCCGAGCACUACGGCGUGUGCUCCAACUAUCUGGCCAACCUGGAGGCGAACGACAAGAUUUACCUGUUCGUGCGCAGCGCUCCGUCGUUCCACAUGCCCAAGGAUCCGGGCAGCCCGGUCAUACUGAUCGGGCCCGGCACCGGCAUCGCACCGUUCCGUUCGUUCUGGCAGGAGUGGGACUACAUCCAGACGGAAAUGGGCGAAUCGAAGGUCCCCAAGGUGUGGCUGUUCUUCGGGUGUCGCACCAAGAGCGUCGAUCUGUACCGGGACGAGAAGGAAGAAAUGUGCACCAAGGGUGUGCUGGACCGAGUCUUUCUGGCGCUCUCGCGUGAGGUCAACAUUCCCAAGACCUACGUCCAGGACCUGGCACUGAAGGAAGCCGACUCGAUAUCCGAGCUGAUACUGAAGGAGAAGGCUCACGUGUACGUGUGUGGCGAUGUCACCAUGGCCGAGCACGUGUACCAGACGCUGCGCAAAAUUGUGGCCAAGCACGAGAAUCGCACCGAGUCCGAGAUGGAGAAGUACAUGCUGACGCUCCGGGAUGAAAAUCGCUAUCACGAAGACAUUUUCGGCAUCACGCUUCGGACGGCGGAAAUUCACAACAAAUCACGUGCUACGGCUCGCAUCCGGAUGGCUUCGCAGCCGUAA